AUGGACUGCUGGCACGGAGCUGUGAUCGAUACCGAGCAGGGGACCGAGGGACCCAAGGACGGAGAGAACAAGGACAAUUUACCCGUCCACCAGGAGCCCAGACCCACCAACCAGUCAGAGGCCAACCGGCUGGAGGUGGUGCGGGACGCCUUCCGACACGCCUAAGGCUACAAAGAGUUUGCGUGGGGCCACGACGAGCUGCGGCCCAUCUCCAAGUCGUACAGCGAGUGGUUCGGUCUGGGGCUGACGCUCAUCGACGCCCUGGACACCAUGUGGAUCCUCGGGCUGAAGGAAGAGUUCGAGGAAGCGAGGGCGUGGGUCUCCACGGAGCUCUCCUUCAACAGAAACGUGGACGUCAACCUGUUUGAAAGCACCAUUCGCAUCUUGGGCGGUCUGCUCAGCACCUAUCACCUGACCGGAGACUCCCUGUUCCUGGACAAAGCCAAAGACAUCGGCUCCAGGCUCAUGCCGGCCUUCAAGACCCCGUCGAAGAUCCCCUACUCGGACGUUAACAUCGGGAAAGGCACGGCCCACCCGCCUCGCUGGACCUCCGACAGCACGGUGGCCGAGGUCACCAGCAUCCAGCUGGAGUUCAGGGAGCUCACCCGCCUCACGCAGGACCCCCAGUACCAGGCCGCCGUGUCCGAGGUGAUGAAGCAGGUCCACCAGCUGGAGGGGAAGCUGGACGGUCUGGUCCCCAUGUUCAUCAACACCAACAGCGGGCAGUUCACCCAGGGCAUCUACACCCUGGGGGCCCGCGCCGACAGCUACUAGUACCUGCUGAAGCAGUGGAUCCAGGGGGGCAAGACCGAGGACCAACUCCUGGAGGACUACCUGCAGGCCGUCGAGGGCGUGAAGAAGAACCUGCUGCAGAAGUCUUCGCCCGGCGGCCUCACCUUCGUUGGGGUCUCACACGGACAGUUCAGCCCCAAAAUGGACCACCUGGUGUGUUUCCUGCCGGGCACCCUGGCCCUCGGGGCCCACAACGGGCUCCCGGCGGACCACAUGGACCUGGCCAAGGAGCUGAUGGAGACCUGCUACCAGAUGUACGUCCAGAUGGAGACGGGCCUCAGUCCGGAGAUCGUCCACUUCAACAUGCACCAGGGCAGCAUUCGAGACAUCGACGUCAAGCUGGCUGAUAGACACAACCUGCGGCCGGAGACGGUGGAGAGUCUCUUCUACCUGUACAGGUUCACCAACGACCAAAAGUACCAGCAGUGGGGCUGGGAGAUCCUGCAGAGCUUCAACAAGUACACCAAGGUUUACUCCGGCGGUUUCACCUCCAUCAACAACGUCCGGGACCCGGAGUACCCGAGUCCCCGGGACAAGAUGGAGAGCUUCUUCCUGGGAGAGACCCUCAAGUACCUGUACCUGCUGUUCUCCGAGCAGCCCGGCCUGGUCAGCCUGGACCAGUACGUCUUCAACACUGAAGCCCACCCACUGCCCAUAUGGCCUUCCAGUGUGUGACACACACACACACACACACACACCCACACACACGCACACACACACACACACACACACACAACACACACACACACACACAGCUCUCAGGGUCGGUCUCAGGCCGCAGUGACUCCUUGAUGGGAAAAGAGCCUCUCUUUGUUUUCUACUGACUGAAUCUCAGUUUAAAAAGAAAAGAAAUCCAGAUUGUGAUUAUUUAUUAGUUUUGAUGCAGCGGAGCAUAAAAAACCAACAACCUGAUUGUGGCUUAAAUCGAAGCUGUCUUAAUCUCAUGAACUCACACCGGCGCUGGCCGACGAACUGGAACCC